AUGUCCAGAUACCUAGCCCGCUACGGUUAUUUUCCCAAAGAGCUCUUUCGACUGAACAAUAGCUUGUCGGUUCGGCUUCGUGACAGAGCGGUCAAAAGAACUGGCAGCUUCGAUGUGGUGACUGAGGCAGGGAAGAUGAAGCCAAAAGCCAUUGAUCCUACUACCUACCAAGGACCUAAUGGCGCGUCAAUGAGGCCAAAUACUCAAGCGCAAAAAGACCUCGUCGAAAACUACACGGGAAGUCAGGUGGUAAGAUUUUCCAUUCCGCAAGGUAAGUUAGACUCAUUCCACAAGAAGUUGUUUAUCUCAAAAUUUGCAGGGACGAAACUUCCGGAAGAUCUGACUCUGAUCCACGAGAAAGGUGACCAUAAUUCUCUCCAACCAGCAAAAGAAAUGACACUAGAAGGUAAGUCAAACAAUCUCAUAUUUUUACGACAGGCUUCUUAUUGA